CAAUCCACCCUAUUGUUCCCCUUCUCCUUUCAGAGCACUCGCUUCGUAUUUCUCUGUCCCUACUAUAUAUCUUAAUACUCUGCUCACCUUCCAAGCUAUAAUCAUGUACCCUUGCGAAGUAGCCGGCGUCCAAUACCUUGCACCAUUAACCCCUCUAUCUUAUGGAGCGCACUAUGACGCGAUCAGAACCAGCUUCCCUUCCUUCAACUUCAACAAUCUCUUUGCACAAACCCAAGCCCCACAAUCGAUGAUGAUGCCUUUGGCGAAUGAACUCAUUUUCACAAGUCCAUGCAACUCGACUUCCAAUGAAGCAGAAGAAGAGCUACAGCAGAAGCAGAAGCAGCAGCAAAGCCUGGCUGAUGAGAGAAGAAAGAGGAGAAUGAUAUCGAACAGAGAGUCAGCUAGGCGAUCAAGAAUGAGAAAACAGAGGCAUUUGGAUGAGCUAUGGUCACAGGUUGUUGGCCUACGAACAGCCAACCGCCAGCUUCUCGACGAGCUCAACCGUGUCAUGAGGGACCAAGAUGAUGUCCUUCAUGAGAAUGCAAAGUUGAGGAGAGAAAAAUCUGAACUUGAAAAGAAGCUAGAGAACCUUCCAACUACUGAAGAACCUGGUGAAACUAAAGACCAACAACCUUUGCCUCAUUGAUGGGAUGUGUUCUUGUUGUCUUCUUGUCCUCUGUUUCUUUUGUCAAACAUGGAGGUCAAGUAGAUCAGAUUAGUUUAAUUCAAAAGAGUUUUAUGGUAGUAAGAUUGCGUGUUAACUAUAUUUAGACCAUAUUCCAUUGCAGCACAAUUGACUGGAAAGAAAUGAAAACAAUGAAGGAGAAGACAGUCAAGAUAAAUGCAUUUUCUUUUCUUUUCCAUUUUAUUACCUUCAUGGUGGGAAAAUUCUGUAUGCUAUUUUAAUCUAAUUAAUGAGUUCAGGUUAAAAAUGUCUGCAACAAAAAGAACGAUCUCAUGUUGCGUAUGAAAACGAUUGAAAGAUGUCAAACCAGAGAAGAUAAAGGGGACAAAAAUGGAACAUAACUCUUUUCUUUCGCUUCACUGCCUUCGAGGUGGAAGAUCAAGAUCUCAAUGAGCAAGGGAGAGUAAGAACCGGAACCAUCAAGGAC